AUGCCGCCGCAGCAACCCCGCUGGAUGUGCAGCACUCCGCCCCUCCCGCAAGGCACCAACUACCCAGGCGAGGGUGACUCUGUCAUGCUCGCCGCCCGUCCCUACUCAUACCGUCCCCGCGAAGAGACCUUCGACGACAUCUCCGCCGACCUCAGCGAGCUCACCCUCCGCAUCAUGAACCAUCCCGACAAACUCUGGAAUUGGAUGUACUACCUCCUAAUCUCCGCAGCCUGCGUCUACGGCCAGCAGGGAGUGGACGAGUGCGACGAGAUCAUCGACUACAUCAACCUGUGGCUGCCCCCGAUGUGCACCGGCCUCGAAGCAGACUACGUCUACGAAAUCCGGUACAAGUUCGCGAAGUUGAUGGUGGCGUUGGUGCGGAAGUUGGACGACGAGCAACAUAAGGACGGCGCGGUGUUCGCUUUCGGGGAAAUGGUCACGUUCGUGAUAGGCUUCGGUGGGGAGCAUCACCGGAAGAACGCGAUGUAUUUGUACGCGAUGUACAUGGGGUUGCCGGUCGUGGUGCCAUUCGAUGACUGCUCGUGGCAGGAGAUGCAUGGGGUCCAAGAUCACGCCCAGUCGGAGGAUGAUGUGCUCACGGACUACGACGACCUGGAGGAUUAUGUGGAUGAGGACGAGCCGGAAGGAUGCAAGGAGUAG